GGGCCGGUCUGCGGUGUGAGGUUUGCGAUGGAUCAGGAACCACCUGCACGGGCGAUCUAGAUACCUGCCGAAAUAGGGAAGACUCUUGUGGCAUCACUGUGACAGAAGACACAGCGGCGGGAAGGAAGACCCAGAACGUUCUCAAGAGCUGUUUGUCACCCAGCCAAUGUAAAGCUGGAGCCAUCUCUAUGAAUUUUGGGACAGCAAAGGCCAGAAGGAUGAGCAUCACCUGCUGCCAGACAGACAGCUGCACACCGGACUCUGUUAAAGUGCCCCCGGCUGACACCAAACCCAAUGGCCGGCGCUGCCGUGGCUGCUACGCUCUGUCCUCUCAGCAGUGCCGUGAAGAGACCAUACGGUGUACUGGAGCCGAGACCCAAUGUUUGGACGUCGCCGGGCCCCUAAAAUCUG